AUGACUUACCACAUAUCCAUGCAGUUCUCAACUAAAGACAAUGAUAACGAUAGAUGGGAUGGCAAUAACUGUGCCUCUGAACACACGGGUGGAUGGUGGUACAACCAGUGCGAGUCGGCUAAUCUUAAUGGACAAUAUUUGGCCGGAUUAUCACCUCAAGAAUACAAAGGCAUUUAUUGGUCUGAAUGGCAGGGACCCAGUUAUUCACUCAAGAAGAAUUAA